GAGGGCGCUGAGGGUCCGUGUCGGUGCCGGGCGGAGCGGGGCGGCCUGGAUCUCAGGUUCUUCACCAGCGGACCCCUUAAGAUUUGGAUAUGUCCUUCAUAUUUGAUUGGAUUUACAGUGGUUUCAGUAGUGUACUGCAGUUUUUAGGACUGUAUAAGAAAUCUGGUAAACUAGUAUUUCUUGGAUUGGACAAUGCUGGAAAAACUACACUGCUGCACAUGCUCAAAGAUGACAGACUGGGACAACAUGUCCCUACAUUACAUCCCACCUCAGAAGAGCUGACAAUUGCUGGUAUGACUUUUACCACUUUUGAUCUGGGUGGACAUACUCAAGCUCGCAGAGUGUGGAAAAAUUAUCUGCCUGCCAUCAAUGGCAUUGUGUUUCUGGUGGACUGUGCUGAUCAUGAAAGAUUGACUGAAUCAAAAGAAGAACUUGAUUCGCUAAUGACAGAUGAAACUGUUGCAAAUGUGCCUAUCCUAAUUCUUGGUAACAAGAUUGACAGACCUGAAGCCAUCAGUGAAGAGAGGUUACGAGAGAUGUUUGGUUUGUAUGGCCAAACAACAGGAAAGGGCAAUGUAUCUCUGAAAGAAUUGAAUGCCAGACCACUGGAAGUCUUUAUGUGCAGCGUGCUAAAGAGACAAGGCUAUGGAGAAGGAUUCCGUUGGAUGGCACAAUACAUUGAUUAACACCAAAUUCACAUCAGUACAUUCUGUCCUAUGUCUGAAUAUGAAGUCUGCUCAUUAUUUGAUCACUCAGUGUACAUAACUUAAACUCAGUAGACUUUGUUUGGUUACAAAAGCAAAUGUUUUUUAGAUUAUUAAAUCAACUAUGCUAAACUGCA